AUGGAGUAUGGUGUUUAUGUUCAGCAUACUUCUGAAGGCAAUAUGAUUAUGUUGUGUCUCUAUUUUGAUGAUAUAUUGCUGACAGGAAGUUGUUCAGAUGAGAUAAUGAAGCUCAAGAAUGUUCUAAUGGAUGAGUUUGAGAUGACUGGUUUGAGAAAUAUGGUAUAUUUUCUAGGGAUGGAGAUUUUGAACUCUGAGAAGGGUAUCAUUUUGCAUCAGCUGAAGUAUAAACUUGAACUUCUAAAGAGUUUCGAGCUGACAAAUUGUAAGACUACAAUCACAGCUGCUGAAACAAAUCACAAGUUGGAUUUUGAUGUUGAGGGUGAUGAUGUAAAUGCUACAAUUUUUAAACAGUCGGUUGACUCAUUGAGAUAUCUCUAUAACACAAGACCUGAAAUUUGUAUGCAGUUGGAAUGA